CAAGAAGAAAGGAGCAGACCAGUUGUAGCCCCGCCUCUCAGAUCCCUGCUCCUUCCUCCUCCUCCGGUCAGUCGGCUACAUUCCCUGCUACCUUUCACCCCGAGAAACCUCAGUCUGAUUCCGACGCAGUGCGGACAAAUCCCGGAAUAAAAUGGCAUCAGGUGUGACAGUAAACGAUGAAGUCAUCAGGGUGUUCAACGACAUGAAGGUGAGGAAGUCUUCGACUCAGGAAGAGGUGAGGAAGAGGAAGAAGGCCGUGCUGUUCUGUCUGAGUGAGGACAGGAAGAAGAUCAUUGUGGAAGAGGGGAAGCAGAUCCUGGUGGGAGACAUCGGCGAAACCGUGGAAGACCCCUACGGCUGCUUCGUCAAGCUCCUCCCCUCCAAUGACUGUAGAUACGCGCUGUAUGACGCCACCUACGAAACCAGGGAGUCCAAGAAGGAGGACCUGGUCUUCAUCUUCUGGGCCCCAGAGAGCGCUCCGCUGAAGAGCAAGAUGAUCUACGCCAGCUCUAAAGAUGCCAUCAAAAAGAAGUUUACAGGUAUCAAGCACGAGUGGCAGGUGAACGGCCUGGACGACAUUCAGGACCGCCGGACGCUGGCCGAGAAGCUGGGCGGUAACGUGGUGGUGUCUCUGGAGGGCAAGCCGCUGUGAUGCGGCGGCGGCAGCAAGCCGAGCGGAGUCAAGCCAACCGCCGUGCCAUCAGGACCGAAGCAACCAACCCCACCUGAACACCGUCACUUCACCCAGAAGCUUGCUCUGUCUAUAUCCAUGUCCUGAAGGUGUUAGCGUCUUUAGGCUUCUUUGUUUCUACUUUUUUUUUUGUCUUGGUUCUUAUUGCUUCCUUUUUUCUUUUUCUUUUUUUCUUUUUUUUUUUUUUU